UUUUCUUACUUACAAGUCGUCGGUGUGCAAUAUACGCGUAGAGCUGCCAAAAUCAUUUCUUGAACUUACCCUUUUCCUCGUCUGAACUGAAUCAAUCAAUCCAUCUUCAUUUUUCAUCGUUGACCUUACAAAGGUUCUCUAAAUCCGAUCUCUCUGUGUAUCUUCGCCUUGCAGCAAUAAUGGGGGCUUUCUGGAGUAGCCCCAGAAGGAACAACUACAACAACUAUCACAAUCCUCACGCUAGGCAUUCUCAGCUUAUUUCUUCAUCUUCUUCUCCAUACCCUAAUCCACCUUCUUCCGACCCUUAUCCUGUUCCUCCCACUUCCUCUUACCAAUCCACGGUUCCAACACAAAUUCCUCCACCUCUGACCCCUGCUCCUCCUCCACAGCAGCAGCAGCAGCAGCAGCAGCAGCAGCAGGGACCGCCGCCGGUCUACAUGCCUUACUACUACUCCGGUGGGUUACAUCCUGUCUGUAAUUAUGGUAAUCCGAUGGUAGGUCGUUCUGGUUAUGGACCUUAUUAUCCUUAUCAGAACAAUGGUUGGGCUGGAGCUCGACCUCCUCCGAUGAUGGUGCCUCAGCUAACUCAUCAACCUCCACCUCCACCUCCUCCUUAUGUGGAUCAUCAGCAGGCCAAAAAGGUUAAGAACAAUGUUAAUGUGCAUAAGGAUACAGUAAGGCUCGAAGUCGAUGAACAGAACCCUGAUCAUUACCUGAUCUCAUUUGUUUUCGAUGCUUUAUACGAUGGAAGCUUUACCAUAUUCUACUUUGCCAAGAUCCAGCAAAAUUGUACAUUUGUCCCACUCUUUCCAGAUGCCUUCAAACCUGUAAAGGUUCCUUUUCUGAAAGGAUCAGGCCAGAGAUUUCGACAACCUAAUGAAACUGGCAUUGACUUGGGGUUCUUUGCAUUGGAAGAUCUUUCAAAACCAUCUCCAGAGGAAGACGUUUUCCCACUUGUGAUAUCAGCUGAAACAUAUGUGCCUUCCUUUCCAGCUGAAACAAAUCCUGCUGAACCUCUCACGGCUUCAUCACCCAAUUUUAACAUAACUCAAGCAAUUAUAGAGAAGAAAAAUGAUCUACCUUUUCAAGUCAGAGUUGUCAAGCAGAUAUUAUGGAUUGAUGGAGUUCAAUAUGAACUUCGAGAGAUUUAUGGAAUUGGAAAUACUGCUGAAGGCUUCAAGGAUGAUGACCCAGGGAAAGAGUGCGUGAUUUGCAUGACAGAGCCUAAGGAUACAGCUGUUCUUCCUUGUCGACAUAUGUGCAUGUGCAGUGAGUGUUCCAAAGCAUUGAGACUUCAGUCAAACAAGUGCCCAAUUUGUCGUCAGCCCAUUGAGGAGCUCAUAGAGAUCAAAGUGGGUCAAUGAUUUAUCAAAUGUAUGUUGUUACUCACAAGUAUUCUUUAGUUUGGAGAUAUUAUAAUCAUCUUCAUCAUCAUCAUGCUAUGUAUGCUCUCUACUGUGUGUGUGAGUGAGGUAUACAUGCAUAUAUAAGAAUAUGGGUCGAAUUUACAUACAUACAUAUAUACGAAUAUGGGAAUUUACAUAUCUUUUUUACAUGAUGGGGUUGGGUGGGAUGUACAUAUUUCUCCAUAUCUGUUUUCUUUAGUGUGAUAUUCAUGUAACAAUCAGUUUCUUACUUGAGAAUGAAUUAAAGCUUCCUUUGUCAA